CUCGUGCCCCUCGACAUCAAGCUGCCGCGCGAUGUCCAUCUCGGCAAGCCGAAGCGCACGCUGAGUGUGCGAAGCGACUCGGUCGACCUCACGGACGCGUGCGAGACGCUCGUCGAUGGCGACGACGACUCGAGCGACGAAGGCAUCAUUACGGCCGAAGAGCUCGACUCGUUCCGGUUUUGUUUUUACUAG